GCAGUAUAAAGACAGACGGGACUGCUGCAUCCCACAGUGUGCCAGUGUUCAAAGGAACAGCAUUCAAAGGACUGCAUUUCCUUUCUACCACAAUUCAACUGAACAGCAAUCAACCAAAGACUCGUCUUUGAGUACAGAAAUACAAUAACCCCCGGUGUGUUUCGCAAUUGAACCAGCAGAGCCGGCAUUCAAGCGAAGAAAUAAAAACUUCAAAAAAUGGAUAUUACAGUGAAAAAUGCCGUUCUGAAGAUUUGCAAGGCUGAAGCCGUGAGGAAAGAAACUGAAUUGCUGAUGAAACCUUACGCUAACUGGGAAGAAUACCUGAUGCCCGGCCCACUCUCUAUAGCUAUUUUAGGAGAGCUUGUCUUUAUUUCUUCCAAUACAGAUUUCUCUAUAAAUAAAAAUCCACCAAAGGAUGGGUUCAAGUACAUCAAAUACCCCAAUUCGUUCCGAGCCUCUCUCAUGCAGGUCACCAAUUUAGGGUGGAUCGCCUUCAAUGAGGCCCACAAGAACAUGGACCAAAUCCGACUCCACUCCAACAACGUACCAAGCUACAUGAAAAUGACAGUGAAGACACUUCUUCAAGACAACAUUCAAAUCGUCCAGGCAUUACUCCCAGAUCAACUUAAAAACAUAAGAACAAUCGCCGAUGAGUGCACGAGGCUUGCAGAGUCAACAGAGAAGAAAUUCACUGAUGUUAUUCUUCUCAUCCAGGAAUUGCUAGAGGCCUGUUUGAACUCAAAGCAGUGUUACGAAGAAGACGUCAAGGAGGUCCAGUUGAAAUUGGAGGAAGCAAAGUUGAAGAAAGAGUCAGCAGAGAAAGCCAAAGCAAUGGCAGAAAUUUAUUUUGGUAAGAUGGACAAGCAACUGGAUGAAGUUCAUAAACAGUUCACAUCAGCAAUGGAGUCCAUGCCCAGUGGCUGGGAAAUGUUUGGCAUGGCCAUGCUGGAAGGAUUGGCAAAUAGCGUGUCUGGUUUUUUGGCAGCAUCUUCACUACCUUCCAAAAUUGUGUCUUUAGUAAAAGAUUUUACUGGACAGAAUCCAGCAGAUUCUAACCCCUUUGCAGCAAACAACGUUUAUUCCAAAUCAGGGCAACUCCUGAUACUGGCAGAGCAGAUCAACAGCUUUGUGGACAAAGACAAGAUCAAAUGGAGUGAAGUGUAUGACCAAAAGACAAGCUCUGCAAAAUCAUCCUGUUUGAAGAAGCAAUUCCAAAACAUUGAAAGUUCACUUGAAAUUGAAGAAAACUGCCAGCCUAAAGUGAAGUCAAUAGAGGUUUGUAAGGAUGCCAUGUCUAUCUGUGACCUCUUGACAGAAUUUGCACCCGAAAUAGGCUGUAAACCAGAACAGGAGAAGGAUCUCAUUACCAAGAUCCAGAACCUGAAAGCACAGACAGAGCAGCUUGACUCCGAGAGCAAGGCUUUCACAAAUUCUUCAAGCUUUUCUGCCACUCCGCCACAAAUGGCCCAAAAAACACAAAGUGGAGGCAAUACAAGUGUCACCCAAAUGAUAACUGACAACAUCCAUUUCCGUAUAGAGCAGAGCCGAGCCCAGCAGGAGAAAGUCCAAGAGAUGUACCAGAAAAGUAUGGAAAACCUUGAGAAGAACAACAAGGAGCUAUCAGAGAUCCUGGUCACAAUGAGAUGCUGUGAGAUUAAGGAAAUCGACUUCAAUACAACCGUGAAGAUGCUGGCCAAGGGCCUUGAUGCAAUGGGACGGGUGAAGGAGCAAUGGGAGAAAAUGGUCCGGUUCUUCCAGAUGAUCUCCAAUUUAAUCAACACCUGCCUCAACACGUCUCUGAAGAGGUUUAUCUCUACUGCUGAUAACAUUCAAGGUAUACAAGGCUAUUCCUCCAAUGCCUUAAUAAAAGACAUGAUUUACACCCAGGCUUUCAAUGCUUCUAACAUUGCCAACCUGGUCUACAUGAUCUCAGGAACCUACACAGAGGUCUCCAGCAGGUAUCUCAUGGACAGAGUCAGCAGCCUUGGGAAGCUCAUGGCCUUAGACCCCAAAAACCCCACCUUUGAAAGCGAGCGUACAAAACUGGCAAAUGACUGUGACUCUGCACAGAAUGAAAUCUAUAAACUUGCAUUGAAGAGGAAAGAGGACUUUGAAAGGGACUCAAAGAAGAGAGUUGAGAUGAUUGCUCAGGAGCUACUGGCAGUGUUGCCCCCAGCUUCAGAUGAAAAGAUUAAUAAAAUCAAAGACAACGUCCAAACAGGGAUGAAGGAGAUCACUGCUGCAGAGGAGGAUCAAUUUGGAUAAAGAGGGUCUUUUCAACUGUGCUGCACAAUAUAGACAAGCUUGGCAUUCUAAUUCACAGCAGUUAGUUUCCAUCAUACAGCUUAGUUAUACUUGACAUGUUAGUUAUAUAGCUUAGUUAUAAUUCUACUUUUUAUUUUGUGCCAUGCAUUCAGGUCUUCUUCACAACAGCAAAUCAUAUAUGCACUGAAUGUUAUACUGUGGACAUGCAUGUUUUAUAUAUGAGACCAUCUGGCUCUCCUAAGCUAGUCAAGUUCCUAGUUGCGGAUUGAUCUCAAAACUUUGUCCGUAGCAGUUUUAGGGUCUCCCUAAUCAACCUCUAUUUAACCUCCCACCUCUGUUUUGCAGAUUGAUGUACUGAUCUGUGCAGUUUCGAUAUUAACAUUAUUUUAUAUCCUUGUAGCGUACUAAAAAUGGAUAAAAAUCCCUAAAAGAUAA